AACUUUAUUUGUCUUUUGUAUAAUUUUCACUGCUUAUGCUCUUUCGUUGAUUGCAUUUGUCAGUGCUGGAGGUGAUGUUCCAUAAUUUCCAGAUUGCGAUAAAGGUGAAACAAUCUUCUGUGAUGGUAAUUCAGACAUUUGUCAUUCAAACUUCUUUCUCACCUAUUUUCUGCUGUUGUAGAAAAGUUGCUUAAAAUGAAAUAAAAAAACGAAAUUUGUCAACUUACAA